UCUCUUCUUGUUAUCGUUCCUUUGUACGAAAUAAGAUAUUAAUGUGUGGUUAUUCUAGAAAAUACAUCUGGUUUGAGUUUGUAUUCAACCGGGUUAAUGCACUAAUAAUAGUACAACAAUAAAACUGUACUAUAAUAUUAAGCUGAACUAAUGUUCCCAUGGAUUUUCCAGGGGACAAAAUUAAACUAUUGAACAGUUUAUUUACACCAGAAAUAGUUUAUUCUAAGCAGAGGUGGAGGGAUACUGAUCUCGCGAUAUGUCUUCCUUGGAUACAAGAAUGUUUACACUGUAUACAGGAAGCAACAACAAGGUACAUUUAGUCUUUGAUUUACUAACUAGCAGGUGAGCUCACAUUUUUCUCAAGGUUUAAAAUGUCAAAUUUAAGCACAAAUAUAAUGUGCAUUAAAUUAUUAAAUUAAUGUUACCGAUAUGCUAUCGAACAACUAACUAGAUAGCUAACGUUAAUAACUAACUUAGCUAUCUACAGCAGCCAAAUGAGACAGACGACCCACGACGAGCAGACUUCUGCUACUGCAGGCAAAACCGGCAAAUUAUUAUUAUUAUGAAGCAAAUGACUUCUAGACCAGACAUAUGUCAAUGACUAAUUUCAAUUCUCCCCUCAGUUAGACCGUUUAAACACCUAGUUGUCUUCAUGGAAGAAUCCGAAUGUCCACUCUCGGUGUGGAAUGUUAUCGUGGAGCAAGUCCCGGCGCCAGAGCUCCCAGACAUCCGGGGCUUGUUUGGAGAUGCUUUGAUUGACAUGUACACAGAGAUUCAUACUGAGGUCACUAUGUGGCAGCAGAUUUGGCAGAUGGUGCACCAUAAACCGGGCAACAGGCUGAAGACACCUCACUCCCCCCUGGCUGACCCCCCUGCCAUCAAGGAGCUGCUGAAAGCUGAGAUCCAACUGCUGCUGGCGACCGUGAGGGAGAGAGCAGCCUUGGAGGGCAGAUCAGUUCUGACUGAAGAAUGCGAGGUACUGAAAAGCCAAGUGCACUUUCUGCAGGAGAGUGUAGAACAGGAACACCGGACACAGUGUGAUGUCACUGAGGCUCCAGAGCCAACUGUAACAGAGCUGAAGGAGGAGAGGAGAGCCAUCCAGUCGGAUCUGAAGAAGCAGAGCCUCAGCCUCACCUACUGUCCCUCCUCCCCUGUGGAAACAAGCCUGCAGAGCAGAUCCGGGUCGAUUGGAUGGACAGGUUUGUCUGCGGAUGAGACACAGAGACACUUGACCCCUGUGGUGGCCCCCAGACUGCAUCCUCCACAUACCAGGCCCAGUCCACCACUAGUAGUACAUCUAGUAAGGAGGACUCCUCCGUUAGACAGGAUGAGAGGCCAACCAUGCAGCUCACCCAACCCCAGAGUAUCCAGCCCUCUCCAACCCUCUGAACAUAAACAUCCAAGGACUCAAAGCCAGAGCUCUGAGGCUUCCCACCCCUGCAACAGAGAACCCAUCACCACCGCUCAAGCCAGGGACAGCUACCUACCGCCCCUGGUCCCCUCUGCUAGCACAGUAACCACCCAUGGAUCCCACCUCAACCCUGCCUCAGAACAGAGAAUAAAGGGCAGAACUUGCAGGCCUAGUGGUCAGCCUGUGACUGUGAGAGCUCAAAGACCUGAUGACUCAUGGUCAGACUCAGUGAACAGCUGGCCCUUGUUGUUCCCUGGUGGACACAGUCCUCUAGGCUCCUCCACACAGCCGCCGGGGAGCAAAGGGAGCUGUGAGCAGAUGAGCCCUGUAAGCAUGUUCCACCCUGUUCCCCCCGCAGUGCAGAGGCCAGCCAGCAGAGGGCCGAGUGGGGCCAGGCACCUGUGUCUGCCGCAGCAGGGGGGCAGUCUGGUUAGCUCCUCGUAAACUGAACUCUUCACAACAGAAUAAGUGGAUAGUGAGUCUCUGAUACUGUCAUGUAUGUUCUACCUGCAGUCUGGUCCUAAAAGGUUACAAGUCUCUCAUCAGAGGUCAAUAAUACUCAUACUUGUAAAAGGGAUGUCGUAAUCUCUUUAAAAUAAAGUAAUACAGUAACCCUAGUCUUCCACAAUGAGCCAAGAGACACAGGGAUGUUAUAUUGUCCUUUUCUAGAGACUGAUAGAAGACCUGAAAGUGAACACAUGACACAAAUAUGGUUGGAUGCUUUCGAAAUGUGUCAAAUUUGAUCUACCUAAUUUAACCAUUUAAUGAAUGUAUUUUGAAGUAAAUAAAUGCGACUGUAUUUGGAUAAAUAAAUGUUCAUAUGCCUGUAA